AGAGCAGCAGGACUGAAGCUCUUAGUGGUCCUGGACCUGCGCCCUGGGGGAGCUUCGAGGCACCGCCCCCGCGGGGAGGGCCAGGCUCACGGCGUGGGUGGGGUGGCCGCGGACGUUGGCCCCUCCUCCUGAUGUCCGUUUCAGGGUCCUCUUUCUGCGUCUUUCCCGGGACCAGCGUGGACCGACGUCCAGACCGUUAGAUUUUUACCUGCUCUGCGCCCAGAGGAUAAAUGGCGGGCAAAAAGCGAGAGGUCCAGUUACAGGCAGUCGUCAAUACUCAAAGCCUGUGGGAUGAGAUGUUGCAGAACAAAGGCCUAACAGUGAUCGACGUUUACCAAGCCUGGUGUGGACCUUGCAAAGCAAUGCAAACUUUAUUCAGAAAAUUGAAAAAUGAGCUGAACGAAGAUGAACUUCUGCAUUUUGCUGUAGCAGAAGCUGACAACAUUGUGACUUUGCAGCCAUUUAGAGAUAAAUGUGAACCUGUUUUUCUCUUCAGUGUUAAUGGCAAAAUUAUUGCAAAGAUCCAUGGUGCAAAUGCACCACUUGUUAAUCAAAAAAUUAUUAACUUGGUCGAAGAGGAGAAGAAAAUUGCAGCAGGUGAAAUGAUUCGACCUCAGUAUCAUGAAAUUCUGUUUGUAGACCCAGAUGAGGAUGAUGGUGGGGAAGCACCCAGUGAAAGUGUUGAUGAACUCUACUAUAUUGCUAUUAUCAAACCUGAUGCUGUGACUGGUAGAAAAUCUCAAGAGAUUAAACAAAAAAUCAUCAAGGCAGGCUUUGUCAUAGAAAUGGAGGAUAAGAGAUUGCUCACUGAACAGCAAGUGAGGGACUUCUAUCAACGGAUAGCAGACCAGCCUGACUUUGAAGAGUUUGUCCUUUUUAUGACCAGCGGUCUGAGCCAUAUUCUAGUUGUAUCUCAAGGAAAUGAAGAACAGCCCACCCUGGGAGAAACUGGGCCCAAUCCCGAGACCGAAAAUGAAGAAAUAAAUGAAGAUCACCCUGCUGUGGUCAUACCUCCAGGGAUGAAGAAGAAGAGGGACAGCUUACAAGAAUAUCUGGAAAGACAACAUAUAUCUCAGUUUUGUGAUGUUGAAGAGACUGUAACUAAUGUUAACCAUUUCAUUGAUGUGUUCUUCCCUGAUUUUAAAAACAUGAAAAAUCUCAAAUUAGAAAAGAUCCUGGCAUUACUUUGGCCAGCUCUCUUUCAAGAAAAGAAAGAGGAUGUUUUGAAGAUUAUUGAAGAUGAAGGCUUUAAAAUACUGAUGCAAAGGCAAAUUGUAUUAUCAAAGGAGGAAGCACAAACACUGUGCAAGGAAUAUGAAAAUGAAGAUUAUUUCGGAAAGCUUAUAGAAAAAAUGACCAGCGGUCCAUCUCUAGCCCUUGUUUUAGUAAGAGACCAUGGUUUACAACACUGGAAAGAGUUAAUUGGACCAAGUAGUGUUCAAAAAGCCAAAGAAUCUUUUCCAGAGAGUUUAUGCGCACGAUUUGCAAUGGAAGGUUUGCCCAUCAACCAGUUGUAUGGAAGUGAUUCAUUAGAAGCGGCCGAGAGGGAAAUACAGUAUUUCUUUCCUCCUCAAAGCACUUUAGCACUGCUUAAACCUCAUUUAACACAGGAACAAAGAGAGGAGAUCCUGAAACUUAUUAGAGAGGCUGGAUUUGAAAUAACACAGAUGAAGGAAGUGCUCCUAAAUGAAGAAGAAGCAGAAAAAAUUUAUUCAAAAAUAAAAGGAAAAGACUUUUAUCAAGAUGUAGUAGAAAUGUUAACUGAGGGUCCAUCUUUGGUCAUGGUUCUGACCAGAUGGAAUGCUGUUUCAGACUGGAGACGAUUGAUGGGUCCCGUAGAACCAGAGGAGGCAAAAAUACUGUCCCCAGACUCUAUCCGAGCCAGGUUUGGAAGAAGCGUUUUGAAAAAUGCUGUGCACGGCUCAUCUAAUACCUACGAAGCAAUGGAGAGCAUUAAUAGAAUUUUUGCAGACUUUGUUCCUGAGACUCCUGAGAGAAACUUAAAACUUUGAGAAGAUAAUGUGUGUAAGUUCACACUGGAAUAUAACCAUGUGGCACAGCUUUCCGGGAGGAAUAAAAGGAAGAUAUUCUUUGGAGGAAAACUUGGUGUUACCUCAAGUUAAAAACUAACCUCAAGGUGAAAAACAUGGCUGUGCAUAAUAAAUAAUAAUAAUAAUAUAAUAAAAUAAUUAAA